AUGGAUUACACCCUGGAGCCAAAUGGGUCCAUGACCACAGAAGAUUAUUAUCCAGACAUGCUGGCCAGCUCCUGCCACACUACUUCCAGCUCUCUGCUUCUUGCCUUGCUCUACUGCCUCCUCUUUGUCUUUGGCCUGCUGGGGAAUGCCCUGGUCAUUUUGGUUCUGGUAGCCCAUAAGAAGCUGAGAAGCAUGACUGAUGUGUACCUGCUGAACCUGGCCAUCUCCGACCUGCUCUUCGUGUUCUCCUUCCCCUUCCUGACACACUACACUCUGGACCAGUGGGUGUUUGGGAACACCAUAUGCAAGGUCAUCUCAGGAGUUUAUUACAUCGGCUUCUUCAGCAGCAUCUUUUUCAUCACCAUCAUGAGCAUGGACAGGUACCUGGCUAUCGUCCAUGCAGUCUAUGCCUUGAAGGUGAGGACGACCAGGAAGGGCAUGGCUGUCAGCCUCCUGGUGUGGUUGGUGGCUGUUUUAGCCUCUGUCCCUUUGCUGGUGUUUUACCAGGUGUCUUCAGAGGAGGGCACUCUCAAGUGCUACUCCUUCUAUGAUGACAGAACUAUUGAGUGGAAACUCAUCACCCACUUUGAAAUCAACAAAACCCUUGUAGCAAAUGUGCAUAGACAAGCCAAACAAAUUCUCACAUUGGUCAUGUCCAAAAAUAUGCCUCAUUCUACAGUUUGA